CACGGCUCCAUCGACAAAAAAAUUGUUUACUGUUUCAAAAGGAAUUAUUUUUGAAAAUUCUCGCAACUAUCUUGCUGUUGAGCAUUUCUCUGGUGCUAUAACUACACAAUGAGUAGCACCUAUUUAAACGUAGAAUUUUUGAACGAUAGUAAUGAUUCCGCGGGACCUGAAGGAUCUGAAAAUAAACAAACCGAAUAUGCGGAAGCGUGCCUGGGAUCAUUCAAGGCAUUCAGCAAUGUUUCUGAUCCUCUGUGUAGCCGUUUGGCUGAUCCUUUGGAGCUUGAAAGUAGCCGAUUCGAUCUAAACCAAAACCAAAUUGAUAUGGACCUCGGUAUGAACGAAAUGAUCCCGGACGCAUCAGCUCUUAACAAUACUCCUGACGACGAGUCUUUCGCUGCUAAUUUGACCGAAAGUGUGUUUUGGUUUAAAGCGGAUUUUUGUCGGAAAUUCUUUCGAAGUCAAUUACGUCCGAAACAGAUCACUUCAGAAGAUGUCGCAGGAAAUUCGGUGGAAAGUGUUCUUCGCUGCAUCUGGAACACUGCAAAACAUCAGAUCAAUAGGAAGGUAAUCUUUAUCGAUGAAACACCUGCCUGGAGUGAAGAGCAACAAUCUGAAUUUGAAGACAUCGAUCAGUUCUUAAUGCUGCAGGAUCAAACCAAGAAAAAGCUCUACUCGGUGGCAAGCAUCACACCCAGAUUGCUUCGAUCGUGGCGAGGUCGAAAUAUAAAUGUUUUUAUCUACGUGUACUCACUAAAUGUUGAGUCAAAUUUGCAGUACCAAAAGUUGCAACGAACACUGAUUUCUCCUCAAAAUCCUGAUAGAUCCGGAGCGCAGUCAACACGUGACGAUGCAGCAUUAGCAGAAGAAUUGCGUUCCAAUCAUUCAGACAUUGAGGGCCACUACAGCUCAUGGUUGCUCUGGGCGAACUUCAUCAAUUCGGCACCAGCACACGAGAAAGAGCAGCUGAAACAGUGCAGUUCACCGCCAUUGGAGCUGGCAAAAUAUUUCCGGUGGGUGGCUGUGUCUGAACCAGCAAGAUUACAGGCUGUGCAUCGUGGGAUGGUUGUGGCUAAUGUUGUCAACGGGGGUUGGACGAGAGAAGUGGUGGAACUAGAGAAGGAUGUUUCACUUGCUUUAAACAUUCUACAAGGAGUCUCCAACAGACUAAAUGCGAUGAAACUGAAAGGAGCUGCUGAAUCAGGACUACUCGGUGCUAUGGAGUCUGCUGUACAACCUGAAGAGUCGCCAUUAGGCCGGAGUCUGUCGUCUAGGGUGAUCGAUUGCCAAGACAUCGACCAUGCGUAG